AUGUCACACCAAGAUAAUGAAAGGAAAAAGAUAAAGUUAGAUAUCAAGUCUCCAAACGAUGAAUUACAAAGCUUGAAGGAUUUUUUCUUUAGGUUAAAUACUUUCUACACUUUUUUAUUAUGUAGAAAACACAUCUUACCAACAUAUGAAACAUUAUCAUCUCAAAUUAAAACUGCACUAAAGAGAGAUAUCACAGAAUUAGAUUUUGCUAGAGUUGCUGCAAUAAUGCCUAAUGAUUGUAUGUUCAAAUACAUAGAUGAGAAUCAAAUUAAUUUGGAAAAAAAAGUAUUUGAUUUUAAUAAUGGUGGUCAUCAAAUGAAAGAUAAUGAUAUUUUUGAAUUAAAAAAUAUUGAUAAUGAAUUUCAAAAACCAAAGAGUUCUCAAAUUUUAAUAUUUGAAUUUAUCGAUGGCGUCAUGAAACGGUCUUGGAAGACUGAAACUCCCUUUACUAAUGCUAAAUUACCAACUUACACUCUUGAUGAAAUGAAAAAAAUGAUAUCUAACAGAAAAGUUAGGUUUGAAGAAUUGUUGAAGACAUUCUUAGAAAAGUACGAAAAUCCUAUUGUUGAGCUUAAUCAUAUUGCAAACACUCUUCUUCCCAUGAAAAAGGAUUACAUAGAUCCUAUUGAACAUAUGAUGAAAGCUCAUCGUAACAUAGGGGGAAAUGGAAAUAGUUUAGAUGAAUCUGAAACACUAACAAUUCCAAAUAUGAUUGAAGAUUUAAAGCAUAUGAACUUUUAUAAUAACCAAAUAAAAGGGCAUUUUAUUAUCCCAGAAAAGUCACCAGAAUAUAAACAAUUAAAUUUUGAGCUGUCAUCUGAAAUUUAUCAAGCAUUGGAACAUAAACAAUUUUAUACUCAUCAAGCAGAUGCUAUCAAUGCAGUACAUGAUGGUAGUAAUGUAAUUAUAACUACAUCCACUUCAUCUGGGAAAUCUUUAAUUUAUCAAUUGUCAGCAAUAGAUCUGCUCUUAAAAAAUCCUGAAUCCACAUUUAUGUAUAUAUUUCCAACGAAAGCUUUAGCACAGGAUCAAAAACGAGCUUUCCAAGCAUUAUUGGCUAAAAUACCUGAGUUAAACGAUGUAGUAACUGACACAUAUGACGGUGAUACGGAACCUGAGCAACGUAAAUAUAUUAGGAAAAAUUCUAGGGUAAUAUUUACCAACCCCGAUAUGAUACACGCCAGUAUUUUACCAAGUCACCCAAAUUGGAGACAUUUUCUUUACAAUUUAAAAUUAGUUGUUGUGGAUGAAUUGCAUACCUAUAAGGGUUUAUUUGGCUCUCAUGUCGCAUUGGUAAUGAGAAGGCUAAUUCGUAUUUGCCAGGAAUACUAUAAUAACUAUUCCCUACAAUUUAUUUCGUGUUCUGCUACAUUAAAAAAGCCAAUAGAGCAUAUGAAAGGAAUAUUUGGGAUCUCUAACACUAUUCUAAUAAAUGAAGAUGGAUCACCGAGCAGUAACAAACAUUUACUAAUAUGGAAUCCCCCUACAUUAUCUCAGCAUCUGAGAAAGAGAGAAAGUUUUAUAAGAGAAAGUGCGAGAAUUUUGGUUCAACUUAUAUUAAAAAAUGUACGCACAAUUGCAUUUUGCUACGUUCGUCGUGUUUGUGAAUUAUUAAUGAAAGAGGUUAGAGCAAUAUUUGAGGAAAUAGAUAAACCUGAUAUGAUAACAGAAGUAAUGGCAUAUAGAGGUGGCUAUUCCGCAAAAGAUCGUCGUAAGAUUGAAAGAGAAAUGUUUCACGGGAAUUUGAGAGCUGUGAUAUCAACAAAUGCUUUAGAAUUGGGUAUUGAUAUCGGUACUUUGGAUACUGUAUUAAUGUGUGGCUUUCCCAUGUCAUUAGCAAAUUUCCACCAACAGAGUGGUAGAGCUGGUAGACGUAACAAGGACUCUAUGACAUUGGUAGUAGCAAGUGAUUCUCCCAUAGAUCAGCAUUACAUAGCACACCCUGAAAUUCUUUUGGAAGUUAAUAAUACAGAUGCAUAUCAGGAAUUAAUUUUAGAUUUUGAUAAUUUCUUGAUCCUAGAUGGACACAUCCAAUGCGCUGCAUUUGAAUUGCCCAUAAAAAUUGAGAGGGAUAAAGAUUAUUUUGAUGAAAAAUAUUUGACAAGACUAUGUAAAGAACGAUUACAAUUUAGUAAAGAUGGAUAUCAUACACACAACAAAUUUUUACCGUGGCCUUCUAAGCAUGUGUCUCUAAGAGGGGUUGAGGAAGACCAAUUUGCUGUAGUUGAUAUCACAAACGGUAGAAAUGCUGUUAUUGAAGAAAUUGAAACAAGUAGAACAAGCUUUACGUUGUAUGAUGGAGGUAUCUUUAUCCACCAAGGUUAUCCAUAUUUGGUUAAAGAAUUUAAUCCGGAAGAGAGGUAUGCUACCGUUCAACGAGUUGAUGUUGAUUGGGUAACAAGUCAGCGUGAUUUUACGGAUGUUGAUCCACAAAUGAUUGAAAUGGUAAGGUCAUUAGAAGGUAGUGAUACCCCGAUAUAUUAUGGCCAGAUUAAAACUACUAUUAUUGUUUUUGGAUUUUUUAAAGUUGAUAAAUUUAAAAGAAUUAUUGAUUCUGUAGAAACUCAUAACCCGCCUGUAAUAAUAGAUUCCAAAGGAUUUUGGAUCGAUAUUCCAAAAAGAGCAUUGGAAAUAUGUAAAGAAAAGGGCUUGAGUAUUGCUGGUGCAAUUCAUGCAGCUGAGCAUGCUAUUAUAGGGUUAUUGCCUAGAUUUAUUGUUGCUGGUGUCGAAGAAAUUCAAACCGAAUGCAAAGCGCCUGAAAAGGAAUUUGCAGAACGGCAAACUAAAAGGAAAAGACCAGCAAGAUUAAUCUUCACCGAUUCUAAAGGCGGAAAAUAUGGGUCAGGUCUAUCUAUUAAAGCAUUUGAACAUAUCGAUGAAAUAUUAGAAAGUGCUCUUGAGAGAAUCGUAGAGUGCAAGUGUCCUGACGGUUGUCCUGAUUGUGUAGCAGCCUCAUUCUGUAAGGAAAACAGUCUGGUUAUAUCAAAGCCUGGUGCUCUAGUGCUUUUUCAUUGUAUUUUAGGUCAUCCAGAAGCUACAUAUAUUAAUUCUAUUAAGGAGGGACCUGAACCAAAUAUGCCUGAUAUUGUCGUAGAAACAGUAACCCCAGUCUCGGAUCAUGUUAACUUCUCACCAAACUUCAAAAUCAUUGACGUAAGGACUUCUAUAAAGGAAGAAGUUGUUGAAAAGUAG